AGAAUCUGAAGUCUAUCUGUGAUGUUUUAUUUGUCUGUUUAAUCUUAGAAUUUGAUGAUCAGUGUUGACACACCACAGCGCACAACAACAAAAUGUGUCCUCUGCAUUUAACCCAUAUGUGACAUAGCAGUGGGCAGCUAAUUAUGUGCCCGGGGAGCAGUACCUUGCUCAGGGUACCUCAGUGAUGCUUUGCUGGUUGGGGAUUCAAACCAUCUUUCAAUUACAAGUGUGCUUCCCUAACCAUUAAGCCACCACUGCCCCCUAAAGCUUGUCGUUGUCCGUUUUGAAUUCACUUGGCCUUUUUGAAUUAGGAGUAAUUUCACUUCAGUCACACUUUACAUGACGUCUUCUGGUCUGGAUUUGGUAUAAAUGUAAAAUUUUCGUUUUGCAGGCAAUUCUCAUACGUUUCAUUGAACUUCAUUGACCCCCCCAGGCGUAAUUUUUUGUUGCCUAGCAGCAUCACAGAAGUAAUGCUGUAUACUUUCCCAAGAAUAAAUAAAUUUCAAGAUAGUGUAUCGUACAGCGCACAUGGACAGGUGAGGUAUACACAUGGAAGGAGUGUGACUUGGUACACGUGGGACAAUAGAGUGGUAGGUAGAGAGCAGGAGUGGUGGCCCUCCUAACUGAGCAGCAUUAGGGACGUGGAGAGCAGAAGCGCUCAGCAUACAAACAGCAGGAGGCACCAAGGAGCACCUGAGGCAUUAAGUCGUGCAUCUUAGGGAGACGAGCGCAUAGCUAGCGAGGCUCCUCAGCUGUGCCAGGUCUCUGGGGAAACGAGGGGCCUCAUUAUCCAGGAUGAUAUUACCUGCGAGUGAACAGCAGAGGAAAGUGUGACACUGGAUACGAUGGGCUAGUGUAGAACGUGAGUAGGAGCUUAGUGCGGACAUCCAGAAGCACGAGGCUGACGCGGGGUGCUGAGGUCUGCACAUGGGGCAAUCCCACUGACAUGUCUGGGGCACUCCGUAGGGCUUUAGUCCCUGUUCGUGGGCAAUUUUUUCUGUUAUUAGCUAUUAGUCUGGGUGAAGUAUUUGUACGUAAUGCUCCUCCCUGCUUCAAACUCAUUCGUUCUUAUCAGCACUCAAUAACUGUUUAAGAACCGGUCCUGUUUCUCACUUACACCUAACACCAAAAAGUCCAGCCUCCAAUAUCCCCUAAUCCUUCGCUCUUUAAGUUUUAUGACUGGGGCCUUGAACCUCAGCCAGAUAUUUGGGGACCCAUCUUGGAAACAACAUUGCUGUGAUUAUUAUUAAGCAAUUGUCACAACUUUAGAGAUUUCUAUGAUUUUUUUUUUAUAACUUCCCACGUUUACACAGUCUGUGAUCACGGUGAUGUCACAUGUAUGUGAGAGACUUCAUUAUCUUCACACAUACUUGGUAAAGCACUUAAUUUGACAGCUAAAAGUAUGCAAAACUACGGCAUGUUACUUUAGGUCUUUAUGGUUUGUUUUUAUUCAUCAGGCUGAGCAGAAACAAUGUGCUGGUAGCUCAUCUGAAGUCUUUUUGCUUCACCUUCCUGCUAUCGAUCCAUAUAUGUGUCUUUGUGCUCUGUGCUGCGCAUUUCAAAGUGGGCUAUGUCAGCUUUAUAAGACUGCACGCUAUCUCCACCCAUGUAAAUCAGGACUCUGCGGGCUGUCAUGUUCGCAGAACCAUAAAGACGAGCACACAGCUGUUCUUUACAUCAGGUCACUGCUGAGCAGGGUUACGCUGCGGGCAAUCAGCCAAACAAAAGGCUUACCCUCGUUCUCAGCCUGAGCUGUCCUUAGAGGACGUUCUGUGCCAUGUGGGUGCUUGGACAUUAGGACGAUGCAGGGCAUGCAACACAGGACAGCCUCUUAUUUCAAACUUUAUGUUCCCACAUAGUGUUGGCCCCAUUAUAAUCCUAUAAAGACAGUGGCUCUUCUGUGACACUUUGUUUUUCUAAUGAUGAAUCAUCCCGAGUCCUUUGAGUUUAUGCCCGUAUAGAGAGAGAGGCUCGUGGCCAUCUGCCCUUUUCCUCAGUCAGUCAAUCAAUCAAUCAGUCUUUAUUUCCAUAGCACUGUUUUAUCCACAGGGUCACUUUGCAUACGUUUUAAAAGAAGAAGCAAUCACAAGAAAUUAAAGAUAAUAAAAAGUUAAAUAAGUGUAUAGUGCAGCACGAUUCUGGGGAAAAACGCGAAUCAGGACUUUUUUUUUUUUUUUUUUACUUAGAAUUGAGAUCACGAUUUUCUGUAACGAUUUCCCCCUCCUCAAAUUUAUUGCACUCUUUAAACUGAAAAAGGAAACACAAAAAACAUAUGAUUGAUCCCGGACCGUCACACCAACUGCUGACAACAGAACGGAACCGCUCAGUUGGCCGUUCAGAUAGGGUAACCAAAACAGCCAUACCCAAAGUUCCAGUACCAAAAGUGCCAGUGGGGAACUUCGGUACUUUGGGGUGGGGCUUGAAACGCUUUCUUUGUCGAUCGGUUAUACAAAUAGCCUGCCUCUGAAAUGCAAUACAACCUUCGUAUUGAAAACAGUUCCGAACUCAGUAAACAACAAUAAAUAAUGUCAAUAAAAUAAUAAUGGAUGAGUGGAAAACUGAAGUAACCCAAGCUUUAAUUACGAUCAGGUCGGAAAAACCAUAGAUCAGGACAACACAAAAAGAAAUGAAGUAUUUUACAUGAUAUAGUAUGACAACACGGUAGGCCUACUGGAACAUUUCUAAGUAUUGCAAUGUGAUUUUGUUGUACUAAAUAUUGGGGUAUUUAUAAAACAAAAUGGAGUUCAACAUAAAUAUCUCACGAUUCCGUCAGGAGUGAUUUAAACAGCAAAGAUGAAAAUAAUUGCUUCAGAGAAUGCAUGUAGCGCUGACGCAAAAGCAGCGGAGGUCAAUUUUAAACUGAUUUUUAAGCAUAUACUUGAUAAUCUUGAAAUGAAAUAACAAUUAAAAUAGCAAAACGUAUUAUUUUUACCUAUGACAAAUUAAAAGCUCACUGCAUUAUAAUAUCUGUACCGAAGCUACAGCGCCACCUCGACUGGCCUAGGGGUCCCCUGGCACGCCUGACGUUUUCCCCAAGUGGAUACUGAAAAGAGAUCUGGUUGAUUUGCUAUGAAAGUGCUGUACCAUGUGGCAUUGCUGCUCCUGUUUGGAGGGCUGAACUGCCAAAGUAACCGCAAUACUAAAGCUGGUAGCAAAUCACCCAGAAAGACUGGGGGCCAGCAGGGGGGCGAGGUGGCCUCUGAGGAUGAGGCACACCCUGUGACAGCGGGCCCUGGAGGGCGAGGAGCCUCCGGCAAUAAGGUCAGCGAUGACAUGAAAUUGCACUUCCUCAAGAACACACAGGUCACCUGCAACGAUGGGACGGCAGCUGGGUUUUACUUGAAGGAAUUCAGAGGAAGCAAACGAUGGCUCAUAUUUUUGGAAGGUGGCUGGUGCUGCUACAACAAAGAGACCUGCGACUCCAGAUACAAAAAUAUCCCUCGGCUCAUGAGCUCAUCGGACUGGCCCCAGACACGAAAAGGUACUGGAAUCCUCUCAGCACAACCUGAAGAAAAUCCUCACUGGUGGAAUGCCAAUAUUGUAUUCGUUCCAUACUGCUCCAGUGAUGUGUGGAGUGGAACUGGACCGCCCGCAAAAGCCCGACAGGGAAAAGAUACGGUUGAAUACGCCUUCAUGGGCUCCCUUAUUAUCCGGGAGGUGAUCAAAGAUCUCACUCUCAAGGGCAUCAAACAAGCAAAGGUCAUUAUGUUGGCUGGUACGAGUGCAGGGGGUACAGGCGUGCUGCUGAACAUCGAGAAGGUGUCUGCCCAGCUGGAGCAGCUGGGUGCAGAGGCACAGGUCCGUGGUCUGGUAGACUCUGGUUGGUUUUUGGAGAGUAAGCAGCAGAAGGUGCCUGAGUGUCCCGACAGCGUGUCCUGCACACCAGCAGAUGCCAUCAAAAAAGGCCUCCGACUGUGGAACGGGAUGAUCCCAGAGAAGUGCCGUCAGCAGUAUCGGAAAGGAGAGGAGUGGCACUGCUUCUUUGGCCCCAAGCUCUACUCUUCCCUGUCCUCCCCUCUAUUCGUGGUGCAAUGGUUAUUUGAUGAGGAGCAGCUGCGGCUGGAGAACAUCUACCUGGGUGGGCAGUCCUUGUCUGAGCAGCAGUGGACCUACAUGCAGAACCUGGGAAAGGAGCUCAAAAAUUCGCUCAAGGAUGUUUUGGCGGUGUUUGCUCCCUCCUGCUUGGCCCACACGUUGAUCACUAAAAGUAACUGGAUGGAUUUUCAAGUUAAAGGGACCUCACUUACACGAGCUCUGCAGUGCUGGGAUAAGAGUCUGCAGGAAUCCAACCGUAACAGCAAGACCACCAUCAAGGGCUGCCCCUUUAACCUGAUCGACAGUUGCCAGUGGCCACAGUGCAAUCCCACGUGCCCUGCCCUUGUGGAUCAGGCCACCAACCAGGAGCUCACCCUGCUCCAGGUGUUGGCCUCCAUGGGUCUGGACCUGCAGAAGUUGGGUCUGAAUCUGAAGCAGGAGGGUAGCCACCUGACUGGCAUGGUCAGUAAUGGAGGCUAGGGGGUGCAUUAGCUCCACGGCAUUGUGAAGGAAUGAGUAGUAAUGUAAACAUGAUGCGGAUAUCUCAGUCUGGUACUCAGUUGUGCCACCAAGCAUUCCAUUGCUCCACUGAAAACUGGUGUUCGGACCCGUGGGAAUUCCUCUGGGAUCCUGGGCUCAGUUUUCCUGGGCUUUCCAUCUGCUUAAAGGGCUAGCUGUCUCUCUCUGACACCUGCGUGCCUCUAAUUAGUUCUCAGACAUUCAGAUAGAUUUGCUCCUUUAUGCUGCACAGUAUUCGGUUUGGAGAGAUGUCUCAGUAAUUUCAGUUUUUAGGGUUUUUCAGUUAAACCUUUUGGCUUUCCUAAGUUGCCACGGGUCACUUUUAGGAGGUUGCCAGAUUAAGUUUGGAGCCAUACUGAUGAGGCACAUGUGGCUAGCCUAGUUCUAGGAUGAAAGCUGGCAAAGUUACCUGAUAGCUGGCUGGCUGAAGCUCUCACAGCAGUCAGCUGCACUCCUGUAAAUGAAUCUACAGCCUUUUGGUAACCCUACAUUGACACUGUUAGCUGCCAUUAUUUGUUAAUAAUAGUAAUAGCGAUACUUGAUGCAUCCCUGAGGGGAAAUUGGGUCGUUUUUGCAUAACGCACCUUUCUCUCCAUGAAAAACACAGACAAAUAAACCCUAUAAUGCGGCAAAUUCAUGCAAACAUACACACACACAAACACGCACACAAAAUGUGGCUUCAAAUGGUUCAGCUGCUAUUGCUUCGUAUAGUCAUAAUAGGGGCUACAAAAUCAGAUUAAUAAUGUUAUUGAGUUAAUUUGAUUUUAUUUCCCAGAUGGAGAAAUUAUAGGUUAUAUUAUAGUGUUAAUAUUUAGAGUAUCCGUAAAGGGUCAUGGUGAUAAUCAUGUGUAUUUUAUUGUUUUAAAUGCUUAAAAUAUUUUAAAGUGUGCACAGUAUCAGUUUCUUUGUGUUACUGUUUUAGCAGUCAAUUUCCCAGCUCAGAAUGUAAAACAUUUCUGAAUGAGUUUUUAAGAAAAUCCUUUUAAAACAAAAUAGUACUUGUUAACAAUAUGGCUACUAAUUCAAGGACGCAUCCGUUUUUUAUUUCAUGUGAAAUUAUCAAUUUUAUCUAAAUCAUCCAAAAUUCUUAUUGUGCCAUUUUAUAUAACCUAUAUAUCUGUUAUAAAGGUCAAGUAUUUAUUGUUAUUCAAUAAUUUGAUUUGCUGCUUUUAGCAUAAAUGUUGUUUAUUGUAUUAUUGGAUGUAUUAAGUACAAAAACAAAGUAAAAAGGAAACUCCACAAUGCCAUCAUGUGUAUUUAAUGUCGUAAGCAUUUCCCUAUUCACUGGAAUUUCUACUCUCACUAGAGGGCGCACUUUGAUAA